AUGGUGGACGCGGAUUCGAAAUCCGGCGAAUCAUUGUCUGAAGUCGAAGGAGUAGCAUCUGACUCUGACGACAGUUGGGCUGCCACCGAUCUGGAAGAGGAUAACGGGGACGCUGUUAGCGAGGAUGUGGAGGAGCAGGAUCGCGAGUUUUCGGGAGUGAAGGAAGUUGGUGCGUUGGAUGUAAACGGCACGAGUGAAGACAAUGAGAGGUCAUUUUGGGAGGUGCAGUUUGAGAACGAUGAGGAAAAUGAGGAUUGUGAUGACGAUUCAAAUCGGAUGAAGCGUUGGUCUAAGAAUGCGACCACGCGAGCAGGGAAGAAGAAGAGGAAGGAAGAGGAGGAAGAAGAGGAGCAAGAGCUUGCGAGCUUACCAUCUGAAGAGGAGGAGGAAGAGGAGGAAGCUGAUGAGGAUGAGGCGCUGAGCGUUCGAGCAAAGCGGGCGUGGAGAAACAUGAAGAGAUGCAGCAACGGCAAUGGGAAGAAAUCUCAAAAGCAGCAGAAACAGCAAGAUAAGAAGCGGAAACGGGCAGCAAAGGCAGCAGCGUGGGUGCGGCCAGUGCAUUUAGAGGGCGAGGAGGUGGAAGAAGAGCGGAUGGCGGAGUGGGAGAGGGAUCUAGCAGCGUGCAACAGAGGGGAGGUGACGCCUCAGCAGCUGGUGGAGAAGAGGGAGAGGCCGCGGGAGCAGGAGCCUGCUCCUGAUAUUCUUAUGCCGCUGCUGCCGUUUCAGAAGGAAUGGCUUGCGUGGAGCCUCAAGCAGGAACAAGGACCCAUUAAGGGCGGCAUCUUAGCGGACGAGAUGGGCAUGGGGAAGACCAUCCAAGCCAUCUCCCUUAUAGUCACCAGCCGUCACCUACAGUCACACGCCCCUGCUGUCACCCCAGUGCUGCCUCAGCCACUGCCACCAUCAACAGCCGCUGCUCCUGCUGAUGUCGCUGCACAAGCCACGGCUGGCGGUCCAGGUUCAUCCGGGGGAGGUGCAUCUGAGGCGGAGAGGCGAGCAGUGAAGGCAACGCUGGUGAUCUGCCCGCUUAUCGCAGUGCUGCAGUGGCGGCAGGAGAUUGCUCGCUUCACGCGCCCAGACAGUGUCAAGGUGCUGGUGUAUCAUGGGCCUAAGAGAGCCAUUAGCGUGAAGGAUUUAGAGGAGUAUGACGUGGUUCUAACCACAUUCUCCAUUGUGGAGGCUGAAAUGCGGGCAGCUGUGUUCCCCUCCAAGGUGCCCUGCCAGUGGUGCCAGAAAAUGUUUUUUCCUGACCGGCUGGAGAUCCACCAAAAGUAUUUCUGCGGGCCAAAUGCGAAGCGGACGGCCAAGCAGGCGAAGCAGCAGAAGAAGCUGCCGAGAAGCUUCAAGGGGAGCAGUGGCGGUGCAACUACAGCUGGCCGGGCGGAUGCAUCGACUCCCAGAGGCAAUCAGAAGAAGAAACCCCCAGGGAAGGCGACACCAGCGUCCGUGCUGCACUUGGUGCGAUGGAGGAGGAUCAUAUUAGACGAGGCACACAGCAUCAAGGACCGCCGCUGCAACACGGCCCGAGCUGUCUUUGGCCUGCGCUCCGACUUCAAGUGGGCGCUCAGCGGCACGCCCCUGCAGAACCGCGUGGGGGAGCUCUACUCGCUCAUCAGGUUUCUGCAAAUUGAUCCUUACUCCUACUACUUCUGUCGCCACUGUGACUGCCAGUCCCUGGAUCACAAGUUCUCUGCUCACAACCGCAAGUGCGACCAGUGCGGCCACUCACCCUUGGUCCAUUUCUGCUGGUGGAACAAGUUCGUGGCGAACCCAAUAAUGAAGCAUGGGUACGGUGGGGAUGGCAGGAGGGCAAUGCUGCUGCUCAAGCACCGCGUGCUCGACCGCGUUCUGCUGCGCCGCACUAAGACCGAACGGGCGGCGGACCUCACUUUGCCGCCCAGAACUUCCACGCUGCGCAGAGACCGAUUCGACGCGCGCGAGGAGGAUUUCUAUGAGGCGCUCUACACACAGAGCCAAUCACAGUUCGCCACCUACGUGGACACGGGAACACUACUCAACAAUUACGCGCACAUAUUCGACCUCCUCAUCCGCCUGCGCCAGGCGGUGGACCAUCCCUACCUCGUCGUUCACUCCGCCUCCCACAACACUGCUGCUGCCGCCGCCGCCGCCACCGCUUCGACUGCUGCCGCCUCUGCUGGCGCCGCUGCUGCUUCUGAGAGGGCAGGGGGAGGGGCAAACGAUGGGCCAAGUGGUGGGGGAGUGGUUGGUGGGGGAGGAGAGGGGGAAAGGGAAGAGGAAAAGGAGGAGGAAACAAGAGUGUGUGGAAUCUGCUGUGACUAUGCAGAGGAUCCCGUGUCCUCGCGCUGCCUGCACACCUUCUGUCGCGGCUGCAUCACAGAUCUCAUAGCAGCUCACAGCAGCAGCAGCAGCGGCGGUGGUGGUGGUGGCGGCAGCAGGGGGGUAUUGGAGUGCCCCGUGUGUUCCGCCCCCCUCACUGUCGACCUCAGCUCCGCCUCUUCCGCCUCUCCCCCUGAAAGCACUGCGAAUGGGGGGAGAGCGGGCAGUUCACGGGGGAAGGGGAGCGGGGGAUGGGGAAAUGGUGGCGGUGUGGCUGGGGAAGGGGGUGUGGGGGGUGGUGGGGAUGGAGGGAAGGAGAAGGGGAGAGAAGGGGGGCGGUUGGCAGGAGGGGUGGUGCGGGCGAGAGGGAGCAUUUUGAGUCGGAUGGACCUGUCGCGGUUCCAAAGCAGCACCAAGAUUGAAGCGCUGAGGGAGGAGUUGGACGGGAUGGUGCAGAGGGAUCCAGGCGCCAAGGCGCUCGUGUUCAGCCAGUUCACGUCCAUGCUCGACCUCAUUGCAUACCGCCUGCACCAGGUGGGAGUGCGGUGUGUGAAGCUGGAUGGCAGCAUGACAAUGGACGCUCGGGAUCGCAUCAUUUCCACCUUCACUCGCGAUGCUGACUGCCGGGUGUUCCUCAUGAGUCUUAAGGCGGGAGGAGUGGCUCUCAACCUCACCGUUGCUUCCCACGUCUUUCUGAUGGACCCCUGGUGGAACCCUGCUGUGGAGCAGCAAGCGCAGGACAGAAUUCACAGGCUCGGGCAGUUCAAGCCUGUCAGGGUGACGCGGUUUGUGAUAGCAGGCACUAUAGAGGAGCGCAUUAUAAAGCUGCAAGAGAAGAAGCAACUGGUGUUUGAUGGCACGGUGGGAGGAUCAUCAGAGGCGUUGGGCCGGCUGACAGAGGACGACCUGCGCUUCCUCUUCACCAACUGA